AUGGUUAGGAAUGGUGGUGGUGGUCUGCUUGGGGCCAGGCGGUAUGCUACUGCGGAUGUGAGCCGGAGAGUGUUGAGGUUCCCACCUGCUGUGACGGCCAAACCAGGCAAACUGAAAAGGCAUGGUAGGAAUACAGUGAAGCCAGUGGACUCUAGAAAGACGUUUUUGGUGGACCUUUACAAGUACUUGAUGGAGUCUCAGAAGAUGGUCAUUCUUUUGCAUUAUAAUAACCUUACCAAGGUGGAAGACCAUUCUUUCAGGUACCGAGUAGGGUCGAUCAAUCAAGGUAAAUUCUACCAAAUCAGAAACAAUUUGUUCCAAGUAUAUUUGAAAAACUCUAGGAGACAGGAUCCAUGUGCACCAUUGACCCUCAAGGACAAGUCAUUGUUGCAAUGGAACCAUCCUCUUUUACCUUUAUUGUGUGGUCCCACGGCGAUAGUAACGUUCAAAGAGACAGAUCCAACUGCCAUUGCAAAACUAGUGAAAUUGCUGGCCACUAUGGGCGAUAAGUUACUGAUGAUUGGGGGUCAAAUAGACGGUGAAGUGAUGACCAACGCUCAGUUGCUGCAAUUCAGUAAAUUACCAUCAAUGCCACAGAUGCAAGCACAGUUAGUUAACCACCUACAACUAUUAGCAGGUGGUCACCUGACACAAACGUUAGAGGCAAAUUACAGAAAUCUCUAUUUGACCUUAAAAUCACAUUCUGAUAACAUCUCCAAAGAAUAA